AUGAACGACUCGCAGAAACUGUUCAAUAGAGCGAGGCAGCAUUUUGACAAUACCAAUCAGCCGGUGCAGCUCGCCUUGUUUGGGACCAGCAUCUACUUUGUCAGCCGGGCUGAGGAUGUGAGCGAGGCGUACCGUAACACGCGCAUGCUCACCGUCGAUGAGUUCUACCAGCGUGUAUUCAUCAGCAUGGGAACCUCUGUGGCGAGCGUGCAACAAGUCUUUGCGCCACUGCCAGCGGGAAUCAAAGAUCCUGAAAAUACACAGGGCAAGCCAGUCGCCAAGCUUGCGAGGGAAUUGCAGAUUGCGCAGCUGCAGCCAGGUCCCGGACUCGACGCACUCGAGCGCGCUCAGCUUGGUUACAUGGAGUGCCACCCAGACCUCCUUGCAGGAGAGGUGCCUAGUCAAAAGGGAUCUGUUGAGAUGUCUCUUUGGCAUUGGUGUGCGGAUCUGAAUGUGCGAGCCGCUCAGGGGACAUGCUUUGGCAGCGCCCUUGACCGCCUCGAUCCUGAACUACCCCAAAAGUUUCUGGAGUUUGAUGAUCUUAGCUGGAAGCUUCUCUACUAG